GUUCGAACGUGCUGAAUAGGAGGAAAGAAAGAAUUAACAUGGCGUCUCAGAAUAUUCCACUGUACAUCCUCGAAUAUACUACUACAUCUGGUCCUCAGACUGAGUUUGCACAGGGAGAUAUAAACAAGGUUUUAUCUACCACAGCUGCUGGGCUUUCGAUAAUGGGAGCCCUUGUUAUCAUAAUCACAUUCGUGAUGUGGCCCGAUUUGAGAACAAACUCACGCAAUAUUAUCUUGUUUAUAUCAAUCGGCGAUCUUUUCGUCGCAAUCACGAACAUCGUCGGCCUUUAUGGACACUCUCAUAGUUUAACGUGCGAAAUUGAAGCAACAUUAAACAUCGUCGCUAUUUUGUCGUCGUUUUUUUGGACUGUCUUCUUGUCGGUUUACUUCUACGUGACUAUUUGCAGGAAAAUCUCAUUGGAGAUGGAGGCUCGAAUGAUGAGGUUUUUCCACGUAACAGCUUGGGGGAUUCCUUUCUUAUUAGCAGCAAUAGCCCUUGGCGACAGAGCAGUAGGAAAUUCAAACGAUUUCGUGUCUUCAGGGUGGUGUUGGAUAAAAUACAGGCAAGAGUGGCGGAAGAUGAUGUUGUGGAUGUUCCUUGCCGGAAAGGGCUGGGAGAUCUUAGCUUAUGUUACCAUUUGUGUGUUUUAUGUGUUGGUCAAGUUGCAAAUAAGGCGAGAGGUACGAAUGAUUUAUAGGAUAAAAUGACAGGAUAGAAGGGGAAUUAAUACAGUUAAGAAUUGAAAAUAUAGUCCGGCGUGUUCAGUUGACAAAUAAUGGUAAUUGAACUGAGCGGAGUGCAAUUUGGUCUGAAAUCAUACGAGUGAUUUCAAAAGCAGACGAGCGCGCAGCCCGGGUUCAAUUUGAAAUCACAAGUAUGAUUUCAGUCUAAAAUUGCACUCCAUUCGUGCUAAAGAAAUGGUGCAAUUUAAAACGGAAAUGAAAAGAAAUGAUGCGAUUUAAUUAAUGGAUUGGUUUUCUGAUUUCGGUUUGUAUCUAUUGAACAUGCUGGGAAAUAGAUAUAUGAAAAUUCAUUGAAAACAAAUGCAAUAUUACAAAGCUUGGCUCUUAAACUCAAUAGCUCCAAAUGAAAUCCAUGGUGCACAGUAUUAUUUUAAUUUUUACACAAACCAUUAGAUUUCCUUACCACCUGUAGUCAAAAGUAACUUAUUGGAACCAUCAGGUGUUGCUCUCUCUGUAUUACCUCCCUUCAACUCCACCCUCCUCCUUCCCCCCCCCAGGGAAGGUGCUCGAGAUUUCAAGUGACAGGGAUGAUCGAAUGGUGGCAAAAAUCAAAACCACCAUAAAAUCCCCUGACUAAAAAUUAACACCCCCCAAAAAAUCCCAUGCCAAAUUCCCGAGUCUUAAAAUUCCAGAAGGCAUCAAAUGAUAUGAAACAAAAAAUAAAAACAUUGAAAAUUGAAUGUUUGUGUUUGUUUUUUCAUCAUACCAACAUCUGGAAUUAUCAUUUGCAGGCUCUACCAUGAAUCUUCAGAUCCUUUUAAGUACCCAAAAAAUCCUCUGAUCAUCCCUCGUGGGCUUGACUGGCCUUAACUUAAUUUAGAUUGACCUAAAUUAGAGCUUGGUUCGUCUCGUGAAAAGUUUGACUAGGCCUUAAUUGUUAAUACUGAAAAGGUUGUUCUCCUGCCAUGGUGAAGACAAUAGCUGAUGAACUACAAAUUCCAAAACUCAGAGCAAAAAAAAUUGAAUAUUUUGUUUGAAAUAUCAAUCAAACUUCAUUAGCGAUUGUAAAUGAGUGAGAUUUGGAUACAUAAUUUAAAUGUUAGACGUACAAUGUUUUAUCAACUGAAAAUUUGACUAGGCAUUUUAUUAAUAUAUAUGGUUUUGUACUACACGAUGAUGUAGCACUCUUCAGGUAAAAUAGCCUAAAUAUAUGUUAUGUAUUCCCAGGAGAGGAAUUGUAAAAGGCUAGGUGUUGUCUUGUUCCUAAUUAGAGAGGGUUUUCUCUGUUUGAUAGCAAUGCCUUUUGACACCCCAGCUGAUGGCUUAAAACUUCAACAUUGUGUGUCAAUAAUAUUCAUCAUUCAUUAUUUUGUUUUGAUCAGCUAACUGUUAUCUUUUUCCCAUCCAACUAUCAAGCAUUUGUCAGUCACCUUCUUAGAGAGCGUCUCCAUUUAGGAGUGGAGAGGAAUAAUAAUGAUAAGUCCUAGAGUUCAACAAUUUUGCUUUGUGGAAUUUUUGUUUUAAUAACUGAUACCCUGUAAGAACACUGAGAUGUGGUAGGCUACGUCAAUACUAAAAUUAAAAACUGAGUUGGUUUCUGAUUCUAGAAGUGAAUUGGAUUCUCUUUAACCCUUUAACUGUAAGAAGUGAUUAGCAUAUAACUUCUCCUUUUUAUGUUUAAUACCUUGUCCAACAGAUAGGUGGUGAGAAUAGGCAAAUUUAUCAGCCAAAGGAUGCCAUAUUGAUAUACCGGUAAUCCCAAAUUCUCUUAACUAUUGAGCAAUAAAAUGUAUUGCAGCCAGAAAACAGAAUUACUAAUAAGAUCUUGGGAGUGUUAAAAAAAUAUGCCCAUCUCAUCAACUCACCUUCAUCUUUUAUUUUCUUUUUAUUGACUUUCCAUAGAUGAAAAUGGGAAUUGCUUCAGGAGGCCAUUUUUUAACCCUCAAGUCUAUUGAGGUAGUAAAAAAGGCAGAUCGUAAGUUAACAUUUAUUCCAGUGGUGUUUAUUUUACUGCGUAUGUGGGGAACUAUAAGAUUUUUCCGUUUCCUGGCUUAUCACCCUGAAAACCCUCCAGCAUUAAAGUGGCUUGUUAUACUUCAUGUAAGUAUGAUGGUGAAAUCUUCUCUUUAUAAUGAUAUGUCUACUAAACACUCAGAUUCAUUUUAGGCCACAAAGGUUUGGGAUCAGGCAGGUUUUUACUUUAAAAAUCCCUAAUAAAAGUCAACAACACAAGCAUGUUUCACAUUCCCUUUGUGCAUGUUAAAGACAUCAACAAACUAAUACCUCAAUCACCUCAAGUUCUUGACUGCUUAGCAAUCCACUCAAGUGCUUUCACAAAUCAAUAGUACAUGCUGAACUGUUUACUGUGCAUUUUAUAACAUAACCUAAACUCAGGAAAGCUUUUGAAUUUGCUAACACUGAUAGUAGCCGAUAUAUGCCAACUCUCCCAGAUACAGCACUGAUCUCCUGCUCUCCCGUACAGCAGGUCACCAAAUCUCACCGAUAAAAUGGACUUUGCUGUAGUUUGAAAUUUAGCCCAUUUUUUUCUCAUAAUUCAAACUUUGUUAUUCAUUGUAUGGUUUCAGGGACAUUUUUUGCAUAUGUAGAGGCCCUGCCAGGGGGGGGGUCCCAUGUCGCCCAUCUGAAUUUUAAAACACCUCGUGUCGGUGUUUAUAAAUGCUUGUCGCUUAUUGUCGUAAUUUCAUUUUACGGGCUGUCGCUUCUUUUUGGGCCAUGUCGCUUGUCGGAAUUUACCCUGGCAGGGCCUCUAUCUAGUCACUGAUGACAAAGAAUAUUUUGUCAUUACAAUGAUGAAAGCGAUUUUGAUAGCAUUUACGUCAUGUAAAACUUCAUAAAAUGUCCUAAGCCAUUGCGGCUGGGUCAAUUUGUGGGUGAGCACCUAUUCAAUGCAGAAAUAAUAUUGAAGAAGAAAAGCUGUCAAAAACUUUGUUGAGUGGCAACAAUAACAUGAUCUUUACUGUAACUGAUAACAACUUUCUCAUUUAAUCCAUUCCAGGGUAUUGGAGACAGCAGCCAGGGCUUUGCCAACUUUUUCUUAUUUUGUUUGUUCACUGACAAAAUAAGGAAAAAAUUCAGACAAUGUUGCGAGCAGUUCAUACCAAAGUGCAGUGUUGAGGAGAAAGAUCCUUUGUUAGAGAGCACAAACUUGGCAUAUGGGGCUAGAGAUUUCUACACUUAAAUGGUAUUCUUCAUGUCAUUAGCCAUGACAUGGUUUAGCUGUCCAUUUAUGAUCAACACUGGUAGCAGCAACCAUGUUAUUUAGUUUGCAUCUGCCUCGAUUAACUUGCAGGGCUUCUGAGAGAAUGAGACCACUUCUCACACGCAGCCAGAGGUCAGCCUUUUUGUUGGGUACAUGAACCCUAACUCAAGAGCUCUUAGGAACCAUUGGUGUCUGACCAAUCACGUUCAUGGUACCCCAGCUCCAGGGAUCCAAUCUUGAUAAUAUUAUCCAGGAUUAAAUGUGCAUACAGCUUCUCAGCAGGAUGUUCACAUGAUUACAAAAUAAAUUCUGGUACCCUAGAGAUCAGGCAAAUGACAAUCUUCUUAUACUACUUUACCUACAGUUUAGUUAUCUGACCCCUAAUUGGUUUUUUGCUUGUCUCGUGAAGACAUUCCAGAGAUGUUUCUGGUGUUCAUAGUUUUAAAGUCAAAUGUAGGAAUCAAUACCUUUGUCUUUCCAAUUAUAUUGUACAGCUUUUAAAAAGUGCUAUUAAUAGUUUUGGCUUAAUAAUUAAGAACUAAAGCUUGGCAAUUCACUCAUUUAAGUUAGUUAUUAUAAGUUUAUAAAGGUAACUAAAGAAAUAGUUGUUACUGCUAUUAUUGCUUGUCCACUUGUUUAAGGUAACCAAAAUACUGGGGUAACCAUAACACUCAGCAAGGCCGUUACCCUAACCCCUGGGGGGUAUUCCUGGAAAUUCAUGGUGGAGGUGUGCUGCCCGGUUCUUCAAAUCCCG